AUGGGUGUCCGAACUAAGACCGUCAAGAAGAGUGCUCGCACUAUCGUCGAGAAAUACUACACACGCCUUACUCUUGAUUUCCACACAAACAAGCGUAUUGUCGAUGAGGUUGCUAUCCUUCCAUCAAAGCGCAUGCGCAACAAGAUUGCUGGAUACACAACUCACUUGAUGCGCCGAAUUGCCAAGGGACCAGUCCGUGGUAUUUCUUUGAAGCUUCAAGAAGAGGAGCGUGAACGCCGACUAGACUUUGUCCCUGAGGUUUCCGCUUUGGAACAAGAGACCAUCCAAAUUGACCCCGAUACAAGAGACUUGCUCGAAACUCUGGGAUUCGGAAGCCUCAAUGGAGUUGCCGUCAACCAAGGCCGCGAAUAA